AUGGAAGUAAAUAUUAUUAUCCACGAAAUUCGUCAAGAAUCAUUCAGCAACACGAAGAAGGAUACUCUAAUGACGACUCUGGUUGAAGGCAUUGAAGUAGCCAUACCACUUCGUGUUGUCGACGCUCUUGCCGGUGGGGGCAUAUUGGUAAUGUCGAGAAACGGAGAGAAAACAGCCGUCGUCCUUGACUCCUACGUACGUGUCAUCUUCUUGGUCGUUGUCGUCGUCAUCCGUCUGAACGGACAGUGA